AAUAAAUUAAAAUAAAUAAUAAUUAUUAUAAUAAUAAUUAAAUAAUAAAAAAAACAAAAAAAAACAUAUUAAAAAUGAAGAUUUUAAAUAUUUUAUUAAUAAUAAUAGUUUUAGUAAAAAUAGUUCAUUCUUAUGAAUGCGGUCCAAAUAGAACUUUUGCUAAAAGUGGAGAUUCAUGUAAGGUUCAUGGGGAUUGUAAUUUCCCAGAUGUAUGUUAUGAAGGUAAAUGUGGAAGAAUUCGUAUGCCAGGGCAAUCUUGUAAAGUAAAAUCAGAUUGUACAUUAAAUUUUAAUUGGGCUGAAUGUAUUGAAGGCGAGUGUGUUUUAAAUAUCAAAGUUGGUGAAAAAUGUGGUGAACGUAUCCACUCAUUCAAAGGAAAUUGUGUCAAGGGUAGUCAAUGUAUUAAAGGUACUUGCCAAUUAACAUCACCAUGCAAUCAAUUUAACUGUCCAUUAAAUACAUUUUGCAAUUUAGAUACUAAAAAGUGCCAACCAUUCAACGGAACCAACUCAUCAUGCAAAAAUGAUGAUCAAUGCGAAUCGGAUCAACACUGUAAUUCAAAUGGUAAAUGCGUCGAUAACUAUAGUUCAAAAGUAGGGGACUCAUGCACUGAUAAUUCAGAAAGAUCAUGCAAUUAUUAUAAUGGCGAAAUAUGUAACACCAAUACAAAGAAAUGUGAAAUAAAUCCAUCCUAUUUCAAAUCAUGUAAUGAUGAAUCAGACUGUAAUGGUGGAUUGUGUGUUUGUACUGGUAGCUCUAAAACUGUAUGUGUAGGUCCAUCAGGUGAAAUCAAAGAACCAAAAUGCAAAGACUAUGAAGCAAUGCUCCAACGUUGUAUUGAAAAAGAAGGUUGUUCAAAUUUAACUCCAAUAAGUUGUUCAAAAUGUUUUGUUAUUUCUGAAUGUAUCCAAUAUACAUGUAAUGCAGUAGAAAAGUUCUAUGAUUAUAAAUCAAACUAUUAUAGAACAUUAGAUUGCCCAAGUGAAUUAUCAAAUUCUAAAUAUUAAAUUUUAAAAGAAGAAAAAUAAAUACAUAUAGGUUUUAAAAAAUAA